ACGUACGACGUAUCUGUGUGGGAGUUGGUACAUACCCGUAUACUACCUAUGUAGGUAGUGUAUGUAGGUAGGAUACCUUGCUGCAGGUAUCCAUGUUAUAGCCAUGAUAUAAACGAAACUGAACCUGGAAGUCGAGAACUUAGCUACACAGCAAGGCCGCCGACGAGUGCUUACAUGUAUGGUUAUAAGCAGCACGAGGGCCGUUCCGCACCUCUUGGUCCUCCUUGUCCGCGGGCUCCUUGGCUGUUACACGUAUAGGUAUCUAGGUUAUAGGUACACACAAGGUAUACAAGAUAUUACCUACACUACCGUACAGAUAGGUAGAUAUCCAAGUACGAGGCAGUUGCUUUUUUCCAGCUCCGUCAUUGGACACCGACAGCUCUGCUGUGAUGGCGGCGAUAUUGUCGAUAGACACAUACAAAUAAAAACAAAGAUGUGAGACACUCGGUGUGAAGCCUGGUGUACAGUAGGCAUUACGUAGGUUCGACCUGGCCCGCGCCAC